CAUCUAAUUUAGCGGUCACUUCUCCGGAAUUAGUUUCGGGUAAAUUAAGGUUGCCGGCAAUAUUGUUCCCAGCUAAUAAAGCAUUUAAGCGGGUGAUAUCAUUUUGGAUAGCGGUUCCGUCAAUCGCUCAAGCCGCUCGGGUGCUAUCAUCCGUGUCUCGAGCCGUGUGUAAAGCGGUUAAAGCGGUUACUUUGGCACGUUUGUUAUCAUCCGUAGCUUCAACUUGCGUGAUAACAGUAUGA